AUGUUUAUUUUGCAUCUUGUGUUUAGCUUGUGCACGUCUCUUGAGAAGGCUCUGUUAGAACAAGGAGAUGUGGAGAAUGCCAUCCGUCUUUGUGGAACAAAAGAAGGGCCUCUGGACUAUUUCUACAGUUACUUUGUUAAGAAGGUGUUUAUGGGGAAGUCUGAAGAGGCUCUUCUUGAUAUAGCCGGAUCCGAUAACUACAAGGAUGCUAGGAACAUUGUUCUUGGGGUGAUGUCCAUGGAAUCAGGGAAUACAAACGAGAGAGCAAAGCUUGGAGCAGAUCUACUCUGGAAUGUGGCAGUAAAGGUUUCCAGGAAAUAUCUGAGAAACCCACAUGCGUUUCUUGCCACAGAUGCUUUUGAGAAGCUCGAAAAGAACUCUCUGACAAAAAGAGGGAUAGGGAACAUAGUCACGAUGGUUUAUUCUGGAGAUGACAUAUCUGCAAGGCUUUUUCUGUCAUUGCUGGACAACCGUAAGAUAUACAUUGGAGACUAUAUUGAUGUGAUAGAGUUUCUUGGAAGAAAUGGAUAUGGAAGAGCGCUUGGCUAUCUUGGAGAGAUAUACUACCAUGGGAUUGGGGUGAAGAGAUCUCUGGACCAAGCCAUGUACUUCUUUUCAAAGGGCAAGGAAAUGCAGGACACUGUGGGGGCAUGUGGUGUCGGGAAGAUACUAAUGUCUAGCGAAUACAAAGACUACAAGAAUGCAAAGUCGGCAUUGUCAUUAGCAAACAGACUUGGACAGUCCGGGGAGGCAGAAUAUCUGAUGUACCUGCUUAUGAGUCGAAGGCCGGAGUAUGUACAUAGGGCCGGGCCCCACAUGGAUUCUGCUCUUAUGUAUGGAUAUCUUCCGGCAAUAUGCAGAGAUGGGGUCAACUACUAUACGAAUGGGCAGUACAUCAACGCCUGCAUCAGGUUCCACCCGAUUAUGGACUACUCCGAUAUUGUGUAUGACUUGAGAAAGAGGGCAGAGGCAAGCUUCAUAUCUCGCAAGUACAGGCAGUGUGUGAUGGCAUUGCUUAUGUGUGUGGAGCUUGGAUCUGUUUCUUCCAUAAGAAAUGCAAUAUACGUUUUGAAGAGACAUUAUGUUUUCAAGAGGCAAGAGCAUCUGCUCUUUGAACUAUAUAUGAAGCUUCUUAGAAAGGGGGACCAAGAUGUCAUCAAUAGGAUAGGUGAUGCUUACUUCUACGGAUCAGGGGUUGAAAAGUCGUAUAGAGAUGCAUUUGCAUUCUACAUAUCUGCGUCUCUUGCAAGAGAUCCCGAGGGGUGUUACAACGUCAGCUACAUGUAUGAGCAUGGAUAUGGGGUAAAGAAGAGCCUUCUGCUUGCCUACAAGUAUAUCCUAAAGAUCCGUUCUACAGAUGAUAUGUAUCUCCUUCUCCUGUACACACACAUUAGACUUUUCUUCAAGCUUAUUGCUCGUCUUUUGCUUAACAGGUACUCAAUCUCGAUAUGCAUAGGAGGCCUGGUGGUGAGAAGGAUAUAUAUUACCAAGAGAGCCGCACCAAAUGAACAGGAAACCAAGAAAGAUUAA